AGUAUCACUGAACAUGAAGAUUUCAAUAUUUUUAAGUAACUUUUGAAAUAACACAACGGUAACCAGAGCAAUCGUAUGCUUGAUGAGCCUUUGAUUAGCAACAAUUUGGAAUAAAACUUCAAUGAAAUCUCACAAGAUUUUUAAGUUUCAGGUUUACUCCAAUUUGAAGUGUUCAUGGCCAUGUCGAAAGGCAAUCAUUUUGUAUCGAGAUUGAUUCGUCUGGUGAUUGGGUUUCGUUCAAGGGAUGUUGAUGAUGAAGUAGCAAUCAAAGAUAUAAAAAAACUCGAAUCAAUCUGCAUUUCCUUCAAUAUUUUACCAAACGGCUUCUCUCAAGAUCCAAGUGUAACACCAUCAAGAUGGACUACAAUCAGAUCGAUCCUCUACUUCAGUCUAAUGACUGUUUAUAUCACACACUUGAUCUUGUUGAGUGUCUUUGAUUUGCCAGACGAAUGGCUUCUUGUUCUUGGUGACUUUUUCUAUGGUCAUCCAAAUCGUCGAUUUUUUUGGCUUUUCUGUUUGAAUGUGUCUAUUUUUGGUGAAGUGUUGAGACACUUUUGGAUAUUUUUAGUUGAAAAUGGUCACUUGACGACUCUGCAACUGCACCAUUCGAUAUAUUUAAAAGGAUACAAAAGUCAAGUUCUAUGCAUGAGUCAAUUUUAUUGCCAAAAGUUUCGUUUUGUUGCCACCAAUUUAGCAAUUCUGUGGGUUAGGAUAGUUCUGUGUGUUUCAAUCAGUUUAGCUCCAAUUUUUAUCGUCAUUGUUCAUUCAGUCUCUCGACUACCGAAAACAUCUGAACAGUAUGUUUACAUUGGCUUUUGGCUUCUCGUCAAUUACCUCGGACUUGUUUGUACCUUAGUUAGCAUAAUGUUGCCCGGUGCUUUGGUUACAAUUCAAUUGUCUUACUUUUACUUCAAGGCUUCUUCCGUAGCUCGAACUGUCCAAGAUCUUGCAGUGAGAAGAGGCAGGCUAAGUAAGGUUGACUACUUGCUUGAGUACAAAACUACUGUUUGUGAGAUUAUUCAAUAUCAGAAUGAAAUUGAACAAGUCAACAUUCACUUCAGAAACUGGCUCAUAUUCCUCUACCUCGGAAUAUCUUUCGCUACAGAUUUUGGAGCUUACAUCGCCGUUUUCGUUCACAUUGAUCGCGGAUUCAUGGACCUUUUCAUUGCGGGUAUCUCCAUCAUCGGCCUUGUAUCCAUUGGAGCCUGUUCAUACACUAAUGGAGUCAUAUUGACGAAGGUAACAAAAGCAUUUCCUAAGUUUCUUCAUUUAAUGAGAUUCAAUUUCACCUUUAGAUGAUCUCUUAUUGUAAAAAUUUGAGGAAAGCGACUAGAUGCUUGCAAUUCAAUGCAAAGGCCUUUAUAAAGGUAAUAUUGAAACAUUUGAUUCCUCUAUAAAAAGACAGAGAAUUUGAUUGACUUUAAUUUUCAGGGAACUGAUCUACAAAAUCGACUCUCAAGGACUGAUAUAGCGUUUACUAUCGGUUCACUUUUCGAUAUGACGUCUCGAGUUUUUGUGAUUUAUCUGAUUGAAAAUAUUUGCCUAAUAAUGAUGUUUGCAGUGAACUUACGAUAAACUGAUGAAAACUGUUCAACACUCGUCAUUGUCUUAUUGACUAAAAUAAUAGUAAAAAAUGGAAUCCACCAACCUAGCAAAGUGAACAAAAUAUUAUAUUACGAUUAUUUCAA